AAAAUAUGUUCAUCCUGUGCGCACUACCGCAUUCGGUAAACAAGAUAGCAUUCCGGCUACACCACCUUUCACUCCAGAAUACAAAUACGCCAUGAUGAACGUGUUAAGAAGUGCUUUCCAAAAAUCUAAGAAGUACGACAUUCAGGAAGAGAUAACGUAAGUAUCAACUUAUAUUAUGUGUGGUAUUGUACAGAGACAACGUUAUGAACACGGUCGUUUAGGCAUAUUAUGAAACUUACGAUGUGCCAUAAAUUUACUACGCGGAGGUGACAAUAAAACUAUGGAUUCAUUUUGGGGGGGGGGGGAAUACACCCCGAUAGAUACAGAUCAAAUUUAAUUAAACUAGUAAAAAAUCCAAAAAUUAAAUUCCAUGAUGUUGGUCGAAGCCCGCUUAUAGAGAGCGACGUUUUUGAGUUCACAAACGCCAGCCGGAAGUGGAGCCGGCGUUGUAGAUGGCGACAGCCAUUCUUGUUUGAAGGCACGAACGUAAAACUGCAUCGCCUGCUGUUUUUGGUUUCAACUGACACAGUUCGAACUCACUUGAUCUCCUCCGCAGAGCUCAGUAUUAGUUAAUAAACACAAGUUACACCGCUAAGUUAUCUACGCGUGGCAUCCGUGUUGUCAAAAACGUCGCUUGCUCGCUUGCUAUUGUUCUGCAAUCGGAGUUGACGUCAUCGACAGAUCAUCUCACUAUCGACAGAUCGUUGCCAAAUAUGGAUCUCAGAAUUGAAAUCGUUAUGCUCGAAUUAGUCUAUGCCGGGAAUUUCACGAUAUUCUGACAUUCUGAGCGCGAGUUACGGUGUUUUGAAAAUUUCAGUUUUCGAAACUAUAUAAUUAUAUACGUUUGACUGGAAUUUUAAUUUGUGUUACCUUUGUCGGCCACCGUACUGCGGCACAGUGUAUGGAAUUUCCGCUCAAUAAAAAUGUUUCAUUUUUCAAACGGCCGUAACUCGUGUUCUGAAUGUCCAAACGUCGUGAAAUUUUUGAUAUGGAUUAAUUUAAGUAUCAAGAUUUAAAUUCUGGGACCCAUUUCAGCUAAAUAUGAAGAUGAAAAAUCGAUAACGCGAAUUCGGAUCGGAGAAUAGCUGAACAAACUUCGACGCGCCAAACGACUUUUCUCGAUACGUCGAAAUUCAUUCUAUAUAUUUUCAGAUCGUUGCAUCCUUCAACAUUCAUUAAUUCUACCCACACUACAACUAGUGUUUCUAAUGUGUUGUUUACUUUGUGUUUUUCAGACCGGACGUAACGAAGAUCCGGUAUUCCGCAAUUGAACAAGAUCUUACAAAAGCCGCGACUGAGUUAAACGACAUUAAUAAAGAACUCUCUCCUCAUGUCAUAGAUGUAUUCCAAGCGCUUGGCAACUAUGAUGUCAGAUUUGAUUUUGAUCCGUUUUCGAUCGAUGACUGUCGGUGUAACAUCGUAUCUCCUCGUGAAGUGAACGUACUAUGUUCGUUGAAACACGUUCCUCUUCAGUCAUUGGUGAUUGAAGAAGAUAGCCUGCCAGGAAGAGUGAAGCUUAAACUGAAAGACGACUUCGUUCAGAAGUAAGAAUUUAUAUUACUUACCUUGAGAUGAAAUGAUGGCGCAUAUAUAUAUAUAUUUAUAUAUAUAUAUAUAUAUAUAUAUAUAUAUAUAUAUAUAUAUAUAUAUAUAUAUAUAUAUAUAUAUAUAUAUAUAUAUAUAUAUAUAUACACACCAGACAAAAAGAAAGUCCCCCCCCCCCUAAAAAUAUCGGCAUAAGUUCUAAACAGAUGAGUCCCUCAUAAUCACGCCCAGCAUUAAUUAGACCUUUGGUAAUUUGCUUAAUGUGCUGUGUGACGAAUGGGGAUGAUCACGUCUUGUAUACGACGCCUUCAUUUCAAACUGCGGCAACAUAUUAUUUAUUAUUAAAUGAGUCGGCUACUACAACUCUUCUCAAUCAUAAAUUCUUAUUAUACCCGUUUUAAUAUCAUACGAUAGAUAGAAGAUGGUGUUUGUUACAAUCGUUUACUUCAACGAGUUUGUUUGCCUUCGUGGUAGCGUUGUAGUAGAAUGCGAUUUUUGAAACUUUUAACAAGCUUCAUUUGCACUUGUUACUUUGUUAACACUUUCCUUCACUGCUCUAUUUAGAUUCGAUGACGUCUGCUGGGAGGAUUUUUUAGACACGACAUCUGAAGAUCGUUAUUUCGAUUCUACAAAAGUGUACGAAUGUCUGUCUAAGGCGAUACGCCAUGCUGUACAUGAAGUUCGUGCAGACAUGGCGAAUGUAUCUGUUGGAGUUCUUGAAUCUUCCAAAAUGAUCAGUUUACUGUUUCAGCUUUCAAAAGAUGCCAUGUAUAUAGUUAAUUUAUUUCCUUCAAUUCGUGUCAACUACUCCUGCGAGAAUUUUCAAUAUUUAUUGAAACAAUUCUCGACUCUUCCUGAAACGGUGCUUGACGAAUGCCAGCUCCAGCAAGGCAUACACGUUGUUGCAAGACCUAGCACAAAUUCCGAAGAUGAAAAGAAAUUUUGGAGUAUAACUUUCAACGAUGUCGAAAGACGACUUGUCCUUUCAGAAAUGUUUGAGUGCGCGAAAGACUGUCUAAUUUGUCUUAAUGAAAUAUUCAAGUCUCCACUAUACGGUGUCGAAAGAAAGCGUCUAUCCAACUAUCAAAUUCAGGCGGUUGUCUUACAAGAAAUUUUCGCAAGGCCCAAUUCAAAGGCUUGGGAAAAAAAAUGUCUACCGAAGAGGCUGCUGGGAGUGCGGAGCUCUCUGAACGCUUGCCUGCGAAUGGGUAAAUGUAAAGACGUUUUACCGGUGUGAACCUGUUCGAAGGUAUGAGUCAGGGCACACUUGAUGAAAUAGCCAAAUUCUUGCAGGGCCUCUGCUAGAGUGGACCGAGGGCUUCAGAAAAGGAGACGGAACUGGAAAGCCGCGUGAAUUGAUGAACUGCUAGAGCGGACGUCGCUACGUACGAGAACCGCGCACAUCCAAGAGAUCCACGGAAGAUGACCGCAUGUAUAUACUUUUCUCAUGAAGCAUGAUGAGACUAUUUUACUUAGGGACCGUUCAUUAUUUAUAACUGGGGUUGGUACCGAAGUGAAACGAAAAACAGUGUACAUUUUUUAUUCACCCAACCUCAACAAUGGCCAAAAUAAUGUUUCGGCGAACCCAUGUGUACUCUACUUCAUAAUAAUUAAACACACAAGAUUAUGGUGACAGAAAUUAGGCUGCCUAAAUUCUAGAAGCUCACUCCGCACUCAUAAACUCACUGAGUGUGCUAAAGCAAUCACGUUUCUGCUCAAUGAAAUAGUCCUUCCUCAAUCACUGAUGGUCUAUUUUGGUACAGAAUGUAUUGUACACAUUUUCUUCAUAUUUUGCAAUGCAUGGUAAUUUUGGUUUUAUUUUAUAGCUGACAAACAGCCAUAAAUUUUUUUACACCCAUGCAACUCAUGAGCUAGUCAAAAACUUGAUUACCCAACCCAAAUCUCUUCGGUACCAACACCGGGUAUAAAUAAUGAACUGUUCCUUAAUAAUAGUCAAGAAACGUACGUGACUGAAGAUAUCUUCUUUAUCCGAGAUACGUGAUCGUUUGUGGGUGGUGGAAACGUGAUCUUUACGCCCACAAAUGAGUUAUCGGAAAAGUUAUUUACAUUUUUCCCUAUAAUUAUAUGAAUGUAUGUAGGCUAUAGGCAUUUUAAUUACAAGACCCCUAUUUACAUUAUUUAUACAUGUUUAGGUUAUUUUUAGUCAGCUGUUUGAAUUAUUGCAUGGGAAAAGAGGAAAGACAAAAAGAGUAUAAAGAGAGGAUAUUAACAACACUGCGGCGCGAAGAUAUGACUUUUUAUCUUCGAGUGGUGAAAACAAUAUUUUACGAACGAGCGCAGCGAGUGAGUAAAAUAUUGUUUUUAACACAAGAAGAUAAAAGUCAUAUCUUCAAGCCAAGAGAUAUAUUGCGGGCCCAUGUCCUGAAUUUCUGGCCAUGGUUUCAUGCCGUAAAGGCAAAUGAAUCAUCAGGCAACGGAUUAUUGCUUCUGAAUCGCAAUAGCAACAAAAACAUUUACUCCUGCUCGGAGUAGCAAGAUGAUGAAACUCGUUAGCCUACUUUUACGUUUUCCGGCGAAACUAAUUUCACCCGACUAAAGCUCAACAUUGAAAGACUUUUAAAACCAACCCAUAUAUCUAGUAAAAUUCAGGAAUAUGCAUGUUUGCAAUAAAAUAUUUACAUCCAAUUCAUUGCUCUUCUUCAACCUCGUAACCCAGGCUCUUUCCACUACGAGGUUGGCUCUUCUCCAGAUCACGUUCGCACUUCUCACUAUACUCACUGACCCAUCCAAGUUUUGUUCUAGGGCAAGGUGAAGUAUUUGAAAUAUUCACUGCCUUCAUUCUAAUCAUUUUCAACAUUUCUGAUGGUUUAUACACAACUACGUUUAAUUUUUUUUAAAUUUUUAAAAAAUUUCUUUGUUUGCUUUUGUGUGUGGUACAAAAUCAAAGUGACACGCUCCUUGACAUGUCUUAGUCUUGUCAGUUUAUGUCAGUUUUUAAUUUCUAGGAGAUUCGCUUCUUUUAGGAGACUCGACUUCGGGGGUCUUUUGUGGGAAGAGAAAUGGAUCAAACUAAUUACAAUCUCCGCAAUACUGCAACAGACCUUACAUUACCUAAGCCAAAAAGAGAAUUUUUUAAAAAAGCUUUAAAUAUAGUGGCGCUUUGUACUGGAAUCAGUUUCCAAAUGAAGCGAAACUAGCAAGUUCGCUUCACUCGUUUAGAUUAAAUGUUGGAUAGUGACAUGCAUACAUUUGUAUAUAGAAAAGUGUGUAUAUAUAGUAUUUAGAUAUAGUUAUUUAUUUAUUUAUUUAUUAUGGGGCUAGCGUGUUCCUUUUUGUUAAUUUUAAAUAAAGUAUUGCCUGCCUGCCUGCCUGCCUGCCUGCCUGCCUGCCUGCCUGCCUGCCUGCCUGCCUGCCAUGGAAUUACGGAAAUAAGCGGUUGAAAAUUCAAGCUAUAGCCACUGUGGCAAGGCUAAUAAACAUAGAUAUUAUUGAUUAUAAUCAUAGAUAUUAUUGAUUUUAUCAUAUAGAAUACCUAAUUGAAAUGUAUACAGUAUACUAAGAAAUUGGAGUAGGCUACCUAGAAAGAACCCACGACUUUCGACAGAACUUGUUAGAAGAACUGAAGCAUAACCCACGAUCUGAAAAGGAAUUAUCAGUUGCUAUGACGACUCUGAAAACUGGGCCACUAUAAGCCGCGCCACAUACUGUAUCUAGAGUUUAUUAGCCUUGCCACGGUGGCUGUAUAUAGCUUGAAUUUUCAACCGCUCAUUUCCGUAAAUGAUUAGAACGAAGGCAGUGGAUAUUUCAAAUACUUCACCUUGCCCUAGAACAAAGCCUGGAUGGGUAUAGUGAGAAGUGUGAACAUGAUCUGGAGAAGAGCCAACCUCGUAGUGGAAAGAGCCUGGGUUACGAGGUUGAAGAAGAGCAAUCAAUUGGAUGUAAAUAUUUUAUUGCAAACGUGCAUAUUCCUGACUUUUACUAGAUAUAUGGGUUGGUUUUAAAAGUCUUUCAAUGUUGAGCUCUAGUCGGGUGAAAUUGUAGUUUUGGUUGGAAACGUAAAAAUAGGCUAACCAGUUUCAUAAUCUUGAUCUGCGGUUUGUGCCAGUGAAAGUAAUGCCAAUAAUAACAAUUGCUUUCGUCGGUUGAGAUGCAACCGGCCUGAAAAAUAUAAGGAGAACUUCGACGUGUUUUUAAUUUUCGUGAAAUGGUUAAUUUUUGACAUGCCAGAAACGUGAAAUGGCGGGAUUGUUUUUCUUUACGUGAAACGUGAUCCAAACUGAGGGCUCACAAUUCUCAAGGCCAGUAAGGGGGCGUAGCAAAAUUAACCUCCACAUGAUUGUACUCCGGAAGCCCUAUUGUUUCAUACAAGCUGCUUGUCUUGUAUAAAAUAUGUUCAUCCUGUGCACACUACCGCAUUCGGCAAACAAGAUAGCAUUGCGGCUACACCACCUUUCACUCCAGAAUACAAGUACCAUGAUGAACGCGUUAAGAAGUGCUUUCCAAAAAUCUAAGAAGUACGAUAUUCAGGAAGAGAUAACGUAAGUAUCAACUUAUAUUAUGUGGUAUUGUACAGAGACAACGUUUUGAACACGGUCGUUUAGGCAUAUUAUGAAACUUACGAUGUGCCAUAAAUUUACUACGCGGAGGUGACAAUAAAAAUAUAUGGAUUCAUUUUGGGAGGAAAAUACACCCCGAUAGAUACAAAUUUAAUUAAACUGGUAAAAAAUCCGAAAAUUAAAUUCCAUGAUGUUGGUCGCGAAGCCCGCUUAUAGAGAGGAAUUACAGGUUAUUUCGCUGGCCUCAGAGUGACAAAACGUAACAAAGCAACGGUUUUACUAACACUAACCCUAUUCCAAACACCAACUCUAACCCCAACCCUAAUCCUUACCCUAACCUAACCCUACUCCAAGUUUGUUUCUAAACCAAUCUAGUGAAGAAAAUUCUUUUGACGAAAUGUCAUUCUGAGGUCAGCGAAAUAACUUUUUCCUUAUAGAGAGCGACGUUUUUGAGUUCACGAACCGCCAGCCGGAAGUAGAGCCGGCGUUGUAGAUGGCGAUUAGUCGUUCUCGGUUUGAAGGCACGAACGUAAAACUACAUCUCCUGCUGUUUUGGUUUCAACUGACACAGUUCGAACUCACUCGAUCUCCUCCGCAGAGCUCAGUAUAGUUAAUAAACACAAGUUACACCGCUAAGUUAUCUACGCGUGGCGACCGUGUUGUCAAAAACGUCGCCUUGCUAUUGUUCUGCAAUCGGAGUUGACGUCAUCGACAGAUCAUCUCACUAUCGAUAGAUCUCACUGCCAAAUAUGGAUCUCAGAAUUGAAAUCGUUAGGCUCGAAUUAGUCUAUGCCAAGAAUUUCACGAUAUUCGACGGACAUUCAGAGCGCGAGUUACGGUGGUUUGAUAAUUUCAUUUUUCGAAACUAUAUACGUUUGACUGGAAUUUUAAUUUAUCUUAACUUUGUCGGCCACCGUACUGCGGCACAGGCUAUGGAAUUCCCGCUCAAUGAAAAUGUUUUCAUUUUUCAAACGGCCGUAACUCGUAUUCCGAAUGUCCAAACGUCGUGAAAUUUUCGAUAUGGACUAAUUUGAGUAUCAAGAUUUAAAUUCUAGGAUAUCCCGUUUUAGUCAAACAUGAACGGAUGAAAAAUCGUUUACGCGUACUUGGAUCGGACAAUAGCUGAACAAACUUCGACACGCCAAACGCCUUUUCUUGAUACGUCAAAAUUCAUUCUAUAUAUUUUCAGAUCGUUGCAUCCUUCGACCUAAUUAAACUCUACCCAUGCAUGAAUGCCAUAAUACUACAACUGGCUAGUGUUUCUAACGUGUUGUUUACUUUGUGUUUUUCAGACCGGGCGUAACGAAGAUUGAGUAUUCCGCAAUUGAACAAGAUCUUACAAAAGCCGCGACUGAGUUAAACGACAUUAAUAAAGAACUCUCUCCUCAUGUCAUAGAUGUAUUUCAAGCGCUUGGCAACUAUGACGUCAGAUUUGAUUUCGAUCCGUUUUCGAUCGAUGACUGUCGGUGUAACAUCGUAUCUCCUCGUGAAGUGAACGUACUAUGUUCGUUGAAACACGUUCCUCUUCAGUCGUUGGUGAUUGAAGAAGAUAGCCUGCCAGGAAGAGUGAAGCUUAAACUGAAAGACGACUUCGUUCAGAAGUAAGAAUUUAUAUUACUUCUUUUGAGAUGAAAUGAUGGCGCAUAUAUAUAUAUAUAUAUAUAUAUAUAUAUAUAUAUAUAUAUAUAUAUAUAUAUAUAUAUAUAUAUAUAUAUAUAUAUAUAUAUAUAUAUAUAUAUACCAGACAAAAAGAAAGCCCCCCCUAAAAAUAUCAGCAUAAGUUCUAAACAGAUGAGUCCCUGAUAAUCACGCCCAGCACUAAUUAGACCUUUGGUAGUUUGCUUAAUGCUGUGUGAAGAAUGGAGUCAUGCAGUAUGGGGCCGAUCACCGACCUCGUUCCCAGGGCCUUUUUUGAAAGGUUCAUGAGAAGAAUUGGCGGCAACAGUAAUUUUUAUAACAGAACUUAAAAUACUUAAUUUAUUCAUUCAUGAAGAAAAUUCAAAAGAAACUGAAUGUUUAAUCAAUGUUUGUAAAUCGGAUAAUGAUUUGUCCUAAUUUACAUAAAGUUUAGCUUUGAUAUUCUCGGCUUAGAUAAUGUUUAUUUUUAAAAUUUCUUUGUCAAUGAACUCAGAAGAUGGGUCGUUUUUCAAGUACUUUAAAACAUUCGCAUCCGAUCUUUAUUUUAUUCUGAUAUACAAACUCUCGCCUAGCAACAUAAAGUGAAUGAACUUUUAAAAUAUCUGGUCUAAUACCUAAUUGAGUAAAUAGAGGAUCAGAAUGAUCAGAAUCAAUUCAUACGAUAGAUAGUAGACGGCGACGUUUGUUACAAUCAUUUAGUUCCACGAGUUUGCCGUCGUGGUAGCGUUGCCGUCCCGUUAAGAUCCCAAAAACGCAAUGCAUGCACAGGGAUGAUUUAUUGCGAAACAUGCGAUUUUUGAAACUUUUAACAAGCUUCAUUUGCACUUUUCUUGAUGUUUGUUACUUGCUGUUACUUGUUAACACUUUUCUUCACUGCUCUAUUUAGAUUCGAUGACGUCUGCUGGGAGGAUUUUUUAGACACGACAUCUGAAGGUCGUUAUUUCGAUUCCACAAAAGUGCACGAAUGUCUGUCUAAGGCGAUACGCCAUGCUGUACAUGAAGUUCGUGCAGACAUGGUGAAUGUAUCUGUUGGGGUUCUUGAAUCUUCCAAAAUGAUCAGUUUACUGUUCCAGCUUUCAAAAGAUGCCAUGUAUAUAGUUAAUUUAUUUCCUUCAAUUCGUGUCAACUACUCCUGCGAGAAUUUUCAAUAUUUAUUGAAACAUUUCUCGACUCUUCCUGAAACGGUGCUUGACGAAUGCCAUCUCCAGCAAGGCAUACACGUUGUCGCAAGACCUAACACAAAUUCCGAAGAUGAAAAUAAAUUUUGGAGUAUAACUUUCAGCGAUAUCGAAAGACGACUUGUCCUUUCAGAAAUGUUUGAGUGCGCGAAAGACUGUCUAAUUUGUCUUAAUGAAAUAUUCAAGUCUCCACUAUACGGUGUCGAAAGAAAGCGUCUAUCCAACUAUCAAAUUCAGGCGGUUGUCUUACAAGAAAUUUUCGCAAGGCCCAAUUCAAAGGCUUGGGAAAAAAAAUGUCUACCGAAGAGGCUGCUGGGAGUGCGGAGCUCUCUGAACGCUUGCCUGCGAAUGGGUAAAUGUAAAGACGUUUUUACCGGUGUGAACCUAUUCGAAGGUAUGAGUCAGGGCACACUUGAUGAAAUAGCCAAAUUCUUGCAGGGCUUCUACUAGAGUGGACCGAGGGCUUCAGAAAAGGAGACGGAACUGGAAAGCCGCGUGAAUUGAUGAACUGCUAGAGCGGACGUCGCUACGUACGAGAACCGCGCACAUCCAAGAGAUCCACGGAAGAUGACCGCAUGUAUAUACUUUUCUCAUGAAGCAUGAUGAGACUAUUUUACUUAGGGACCGUUCAUUAUUUAUAACUGGGGUUGGUACCGAAGUGAAACGAAAAACAGUGUACAUUUUUUAUUCACCCAACCUCAACAAUGGCCAAAAUAAUGUUUCGGCCAACCCAUGUGUACUCUACUUCAUAAUAAUUAAACACACAAGAUUAUGGUGACAGAAAUCAGGCUGCCUAAAUUCUAGAAGCUCACUCCGCACUCAUAAACUCACUGAGUGUGCUAAAGCAAUCACGUUUCUGCUCAAUGAAAUAGUCCUUCCUCAAUCACUGAUGGUCUAUUUUGGUACAGAAUGUAUUGUACACAUUUUCUUCAUAUUUUGCAAUGCAUGGUAGUUUUGGUUCUAUUUUAUAGCUGACAAACAGCCAUAAAUUUUUUUACACCCAUGCAACUCAUGAGCUAGUCAAAAACUUGAUUACCCAACCCAAAUCUCUUCGGUACCAACCCAGGUAUAAAUAAUGAACUGUUCCUUAAUAAUAGUCAAGAAACGUACGUGACUGAAGAUAUAUUCUUUAUCCGUGAUACUUGAUCGUUUGUUCCAAAUAUUUUCUAAUUGCACGUAAAAAGGAGUUUUGAUUUAAUAUAUACAUGGAGGGUGUUGGAAACAUGAUCUUUACGCCCACAAAUGAGUUAUCGGAAAAGUUAUUUACAUUUUUUCCUAUAAUUAUAUGAAUGUAUGUAGGCUAUAGGCAUUUUAAUUACAAGACCCCUAUUUACAUUAUUUAUACAUGUUUAGGUUAUUUUUAGUCAGUUUGAAUUAUUGCAUGGGAAAAGAGGAAAGACAAAAAGAGUAUAAAGAGAGGAUAUUAAUAACACUGCGGCGCGAAGAUAUGACUUUUUAUCUUCGAGUGGUGAAAACAAUAUUUUACGAACGAGCGCAGCGAGUGAGUAAAGUAUUGUUUUUAACACGAGAAGAUAAAAGUCAUAUAUCUUCAAGCCAACGUGGAAUGUUCUGUUUAUUAUCAUAGUUCCAAGCAAAAAAUUGUAUAAAUACUAAAAGUCACGUGAUCGAUAUCUUCACUAGUGAAGAUAUGGAAAAUAUAUCACUCUCUACUAUAUAAUAAUAAUGUUUAGAUUAUAGAUGAUAUAUAUAGCUAGGAUAUUCAUAGUUCCAUUUUAAUAUAGAGCCGGAGAGAGGGGGAUUCGGCGCGGAAUCAGUUACCCGAAGUGAUGAUAUUAAAUGGUGAAAUAUCAUCAUUAAGAGUAAUAUACUCCAAGCUGAAGGUAUACUAUUUAAUAUCUACAGUAGAAAAGAAGAUAUAAUUUUAACUAUUAAUAGUGUUAUACAUCAAUUAUAUAUUUCAAGCAACUAUAAUAUUAAAUGUUAGCAAUUAUUAAAAGUUUUAAAUACUUUUAAUUUGGUGAGUCGUGAAAUUUACGUAGCAAGUAGCUAGGAGCAUCAGUCUUGACUCUUGACGUCUGUAGUUUCGAGGUGGUAACUUUUUAUUAUUUUUUUUUUGCAUUUCAAGCGGCAACUUUUUAGGAGCACAAUCGAGAAAUUCUAUAUAGCCUUAUCGGGCUUUAAUUUCUUA